CACUGGGACUUCCUCAAAAAAACAAAAACAAAAAAAAACCUUGUUCUGGUAUCCAGUAUCAUUGGUGGCUUUUGCAUGUGAUUUUCUAAUCAGGAUGGAGGUUCUGUCCUUGGGUAUAAAUAUAUGAGCUCUCCCUCUGGGAUGUACUGCAUCUACUGAGCAGAGCAGAGCAGUUAACCUAGAUUGAGCAUCUCCACCAUGAAGACAGCUGGUGUCUUCAUGGUCCUCCCUCUGGUACUUUUAUGUUGCUUCUCAGGUAUUGCCAGUGAACCUCCGAAUCAGUUGCAGAAUGAUUGCAGUGCUUAUCCAAAAGCAAAGGGCCAAACCUUCCUCUGUACGACAGAGUACCGUCCUGUCUGUGGCACCAAUGGUGUGACGUACAACAACAUAUGUUUUUUGUGCACCAGAAAAUGGGAAACUGGAGGCAAGUUUAACCUACUGCAUGAGGGAGUAUGUAUGAAAAAGAUUGAUUGCAGUAGAUACCUACAAACAAAAGACUCACGCAAGAUAUCCUGUCCACGAAUCUAUAUGCCAGUCUGUGGAACUGAUGGUGUCACUUACAGCAAUGAAUGUCUGCUGUGUGCAGAAAUCUUAAAGGGGGUUACCAUAGGUCUGGCACAUAAAGGAAAAUGUAAGGAGAAGGAUGUCUGUGGUGAGUUCCCAAAUCCACAAAAGGGUAAACACAUUUACUGCACAGCGAUUUACAGACCUGUCUGUGGCACAGAUGGGAUCACAUAUAGCAACAAAUGUAACUUGUGUUCAGCAAGAUGGAUAACUGGAGUUAACAUUGGCAUAAAGCAUGAAGGCAGAUGUAACCGAAAGAUUAACUAAUGGAAGAAUUGGCUUAAAACAGAAAAUAUUAUGCUUCAGUAUAAAUGAUAAAUUCUUCUGAUUCCUUUAUGUAAAGAUAUAGUUGCCAUUUGUCCUGUUCAUCCAGCAUUCCUGAUGGCAUUACCAUCUUGAAUUGGUGGUUCAAUAAAACAAAUUUAGCAGAAA